AUGCGCUCCCACAUUAGGCUCUACGUGCAUCCUGACCUCAAGCCGGAGGACGACGACGUGACGCUCGUCUCCACCAUAUGCUUCGUGCUGUCCCUCGCGCUCGUGGGCGCCGUUUUCAUCUUCACACUGUCAUGUCUGCUGCGGGAUGACUGCCAAUCACCCUACGGCUUGCUUGCCUAUCGAGCCACGCCCGCGCAGCAGCUACUGAGAACAUGA